AUGUUAAAAGCGCCUUCACCUUCUUUUUCUCCUGUUGUACUCGCCUUCUCCAGCUGUUUCAUUUUCUGCCUACCUUUUGCUGCGCUUGGCCUCUUGGGAGAAAGAGGGCCUUUAUUCUAUCAGUACAAGCUCCAACCGGACAGGCGGCUAACAAUGGGAAUGACGGCUAAGAGCUUCACGACAGUGCUGUAAAACCACACAUUGUUUGUUUCUCUAAUAAUUGGCAUGUUCAUACUGCCUACACAAAUACUGCCACAGGAUGCUCUCUGUAUGAAGAUUGAUUGAAGUAUUGAUGGACUAGCUGUACUUCUCCUAUUUGACCUAUCUUUUAAUUAUAACUGGCAUUAUAUACAUCACAAGCAUUCACAGCUUUACCCUUGGAUUCUUGCGAUCCACCAUGAACACGUGGUGCCUUUUUCUUGGUCGACAGAGCAGCUCAGCAUCCCAGAACGGAUGACUGUUGGUCCCUGGAACAUCCACAACCCAAUUAUUUUAAAGUGCCACCCACGUUCAGUUUUUGCAAGCAAAGCAAACCCCAAACACUUCCUGUUCUUUCUGUUCUCACAAUAUUAACACAAAGUCUUUCCUUUCAUAUUUUGCUUACAAGUCCCACGGAGGGAUAAUAAGCUUUCAAACAAGAAAACCAAGUACUGUUUGUCAGGCUUUAAUCAAGAGGCCCAGUACAACACAAAGGGAAUAAAAGAUAACCUGUACUUGACAAAGUUCUGAGCCAGUUAACAGGGAAGGAACAGAUGGAAAUACUAAUGCAUGUAACAGCCAGGAGUGAUAAUUAGUAUCAUGUCUUAUGAGUUUGAAUGUGUAUGCUUGACCUUGGAAAUAGCCCUUACAAAGUGUACGGUUGCAUGCAGUGUGCAUACAACAAUAAAGUUGCACCUUAAGCUUUGACCCUCUCACUCAUAUUCUGCAGAAGAGAUUGUUGGUCACAAUAGCCUAAAAACGCUUACCUCAAAACCUGACCGGGCGCAUUAGGACAUCCUGGUAUUUAAGGCAUACUGCAUUGACACAUUUUAUGCAUCAGAACAUACUAUAGCUUUUCUGGUGUACUACUGUAAAUAAUAUGGUACUAUGGGUAUUGUACAGCAGUGUUACUUUUCAUCUCCAUGACAACUGGGCAGCUCCAUCUGCUAAAGAAGGCCAUAAGAUACACAGACCAAGUGGACUUGAU